CUCGGGGCUCUACCACUCCAGCGCAUGUUUUGUUUGCAUUCACAAACUAGAAGUACUUCAAGUUCAAUUGCACUGAGCUUGCAUUUGCAAAGGGUUUCUCCCAGCACUAUACCCACAAUGCAAAGCUAUGCUUGCUGGUCUGUAGCAGAUCAGCCUGACUAGGAGCAGAAAACAACAACAGCGUGAACGCGGUUCAACAACAGGCUACUUUGUGGAGGCAGCUGCAUGGAGAGCGACAACAACGACGAUCUGGACUUCACACAUGCAAUGCUCUUUUCGCACAAAAAUGCAUUCUAGCCUUAUGAUCAGCGGCGGCAGCAGCAGCGGUGCCAUGAACAGUGGACUCCCAGCUUCAGCUGCUCCGCUCGGGGGUGUCGGAAUACCUAAUGUCAAGGUGAAGUUUUGUCGAUAUUACGCGAAAGAUAAAACCUGCUUCUAUGGAGACGAAUGUCAGUUCCUGCAUGAGGAUCCGUCCAUGGUGAGCCUGUCACUGCACGGCGGCGGUGGCAGCCCCGUCCCGUUAUCCAUGGCCGGGGGAGCCGUGACGGCAGCGGGGUAUUCCCUCGGCGGCUCGGCGGCGGCCUGCUCAGGCGGCGGGGGAACCAAUGUUGUCUCCAAGAAGAGCGAAACCCUGGGGCCUGCAGGCACGCCUCUGGAGGGACAGUUAUUAACCAUCCCAGGGAUGGAGGGCGGGACCCUGAGCGAUGCCAAUCUGACCAACUCAUACUUCAGCAGCAGCUUUAUUGGGGUCAAUGGGUUUGGGAGCCCCGCAGAGUCAAAAUACUCUAUGAUGCAGCGAAUGACUACCAGCAGCAGCUCUCCCAGUCUCCUCAACGAUGGUGCCAAGAACUUCAGCCACAGUGCUCAUGAUCCAGUGAGCUCUCCUACAUCUUCACUGUUCAGUGAUUUUGGUGCUCUUAGCAUAUCACAAAGGAGAAAGACUCCUAACCCGGCAGCAAGCGAGUUCAUCCCAAAGGGAGCUCCACGCAUGGCCACCAUGGCCCAGUCCACUGUUCAGGCCUUCCCCUCGCCUCUCUUUCCACAUCCCGGACUCAGCAGCUCCACAGCAGCUGCCCUGGCCCCUGGCAUGUCUCUCUCUGCUGGAUCUUCUCCCCUCCACUCGCCGAAAAUUACACCUCACACCUCACCUGCCCCUCGCCGACGCAGCCAUACCCCUAACCCUGCCAACUACAUGGUGCCCACCAGUGCAUCUGACCAGGGCACACACAUUAUCCAGAAAGAGACCGUGGGGGGGACCACCUAUUUCUAUACUGACAACACCCCUGCACCCAUGGCUGGGAUGGUGUUUCCUACCUACCAUAUCUACCCCCCUACUGCACCCCAUGUGGCUUACAUGCAGCCGAAAGCCAAUGCCCCGUCCUUCUUCAUGGCUGAUGAACUCAGACAGGAGCUGAUAAACAGGCAUCUGAUAACCAUGGCCCAAAUUGACCAAUCAGAGAACCCAGGUGUACCGUCUGAGGUGGACAGCUACCACAGCCUGUUUCCCCUGGAGCCCCUCCCCCCUCCAAACCGCAUGCAGAAGACCAGCAACUUCAGCUACAUCACUUCCUGUUACAAGGCUGUCAAUAGCAAGGAUGAUCUGCCUUACUGCCUGAGGAGGAUACAUGGUUUCCGCCUUGUCAACACCAAGUGCAUGAUGCUAGUGGACAUGUGGAAGAAGAUUCAGCACUCCAACUCGGUAACACUGAGGGAGGUCUUCACCACCAAGGCCUUUGGAGACCACUCUUUGGUGUUUUCCUACGACUUCCACGCGGGUGCAGAAACCAUGUUCAACAGGCACUUCAACGACCCGACAGCAGACUCCUACUUCACCAAGAGGAAGUGGGGACAACAUGAACCUCCCCCGCCACGGCAGCACGCUGGUCUGCUUCCCGAAUCUCUGAUCUGGGCCUACAUUGUACAGCUGAGCUCGGCCCUGCGCACAAUCCACACCGCUGGCCUGGCCUGCCGCGUCAUGGACCCCAGCAAGAUCCUCAUCACUGGCAAGACCAGGUUACGGGUGAACUGUGUUGGGGUGUUCGAUGUCUUAACGUUUGACAACAGCCAGACCAACCACCUUGCCCUAAUGCCACAGUACCAGCAAGCAGAUCUAAUCUCCCUGGGCAAGGUGGUGCUGGCGUUGGCGUGCAACUCCCUGGCUGGCAUUCAAAGGGAGAACCUGCAAAAGGCCAUGGAGCUGGUGUCAAUCAACUACUCUUCAGACCUCAAGAACCUCAUCCUGUAUCUGCUGACUGAGCAGUCCCGCCUGCGCAGCGUCAAUGACAUUAUGCCUAUGAUUGGAGCCAGAUUCUACACACAACUGGACGCAUCGCAGAUGAGGAAUGAUGUCAUUGAGGAGGACCUGGCCAAGGAAGUGCAGAAUGGCCGUCUCUUCCGCCUGUUGGCCAAACUGGGCACCAUCAACGAGAGGCCAGAGUUUCAGAAGGACCCAACGUGGUCGGAGACGGGUGACCGCUACCUGUUGAAGCUGUUCCGGGAUCACCUGUUCCACCAGGUGACAGAAGCCGGGACUCCCUGGAUCGACCUCAGCCACAUCGUCUCCUGCCUCAACAAACUGGACGCGGGUGUGCCUGAGAAGAUCAGUCUGGUGUCUCGGGAUGAGAAGAGCGUCCUGGUGGUGACCUACUCAGACCUGAAGCGCUGCUUCGACAGUACCUUCCAGGAGCUGCAGGCUGCUGCCACCGGCCCUCUGUAG